CUCAGUCUCAGAGGCUCCUCAGUCACUCACACACAGUUAGACGGUUAGAAGACAGACAGACAGACAGACAGAUAGAUAGAUAGAUGGCCGACCAACCUGCAGCAGCUCCCGCGGGGAAACCUGCCUCCAAGCCCCAGAAGAAGAGAGGGACCUCCCGCACCAAUAGGGACGGACUCUCCAUCCCGAAGCUCAUCCUCACCGUGGUGUCCGAGGCCAAGGAUGGGAAGCGGGUCUCUGUGUUCGCCAUCAAGAAGGGCCUGGCGAAGAAAGGCGUCGACGUGUUGAAGCACAACAAGCAGAUCAACCACGCGCUGCGGAGGCUCGUGUUCAAAGGGUUACUGAAGCAGGUGAAGGGGAAGGGCGCUUCCGGCUCCUUCAAGCUCGUCAAGAUCCAGGUCAAAGUCCCCAAACCAAAGAAGAAGAAGAAGGUGGUGGUGGUGAAGAAGAAGAAGACGACUAGUACCAAGGGGUCACCAACCAAGAAACCAAGAAAGAGGUCGCCAUCAAAGAAAAGGACACCGGUGAAGAAAGUGACCAAGAAGAAGGAGACGAAGGCAAAGAGCCCCAAGAAAACCACGGCCACCAAAUCUGCUGCCAAAAAGGUAAAGAAACCUGCUCCCAGGAGAACUCCUGCAAAGAAACCUGCUCCAAAGAAAACAGCAAAUAAAGGAGGAAAGAAAACUGCAGCAAAGAAAACAGGAGGAAGGAAAUCUGCAGGAAAGAAGUAAAGUGGAUCUUUAACCCGCACUCAGUGCAACAAAAGGCUCUUUUAAGAGCCACCACAUGUUCUACAGAACUUUGUUCCUCUGUGACAUCACACACCUCACUCACACUGACACACCCU